AAAGGUAUAUGUAUCCUCUAUUCAAUAUAGGAGUUCACACGAUUUGUUGGCCUUCACAGCAGCUAAAUACCGUACUCACGCUGGUAUUUCAAGUUCAUCUCCCAUGUCAAUGGGAGAAACCAGAGUGGAAAAAAUUGUAAGUUUUAUUAUUUUAUUAUGUAUGCUAAUUGCCCCCAUGAGAGCAGAUCCUGAGGCCAGACUUUUAGCCUUUUCAUGCAGCACCGCCCCCAUCAACAACGUUAAACUCUUUGCGGGAAAUUUAAAGGUGGCUGUGGCAGCCGUGGUGGAAAAUGUUGUUCCAUAUGGGUUUGCUACAAGCAAUGUGUCGGUAGGAGCAGAUCAGGUAGAUUCAGUAUAUGUACUGGCGCAGUGUAGAAAGGAUAAGUCCUCUGCUGAUUGCGCUACCUGCAUCAAGGUAGCAACAAAACAAAUUGGCGUCUGUCCCAAUAAUAUUACCGGCGCCAGGGCAGGCUACGACGGAUGCUUUCUGCGUUACGAGAACUAUAACUAUUACAUUUCAAGCUACACCGAUGAGGUAAAUAAACAGAUCUGCGGUAAUGCCAACGUAACCAUGUCCAAUUCGUCUUCGGCAACUGCUCAAAGUUUGAUAAGCGAUCUCUGCACUGCAACUCCAAGAAUAAAUGGUUAUUUUGCUGCACAGACUAGACAAGGGCCGUCUAACAAGACAAUUUAUGGACUUGCCUCGUGUAUACGUUCCAUUGAAAGGGAUUCCUGCGAAGAAUGCCUGAGUACUGCUAAGACCAACAUAAAUAAGUGUUUUCCUCGCUCCCAGGGGAGGGCUAUAGACGCCGGCUGCUACUUGCGCUACGAUUCCAAACCCUUUUUCCCAAGCAAUGCGACUAUCGAUUUGGAACCUUUCUUACACACAGGGAAGAAGAAGGUGAGUUCUACAGUGUGGGUAAUAAUUGGUGUUGUGGGAGGGGUAUUCAUACUUGGCCUCAUAACUUGUCUCCUUGUUUUCCGGAAGCGGAUAACGAGGACAGGGCAGAAACAAGUGGAUACUGAAGAAGAAGCAACAGAACUUCAAGGGCCAGGAGAUUUUGAUUUCGAGAUACUGAAAAAGGCAACUAACAAUUUUGAUCAAGCAAAUAAGCUUGGAGAAGGAGGGUUUGGUGAAGUAUUCAAGGGUACGUUGAAAAAUGGUAAAGAUGUGGCAGUAAAGAAGCUGAUAUUAGGUCAAUCUGCACGGGCAGUAUCUGAAUUCGAAAGCGAAGUGAAACUUAUUUCCAAUGUUCAUCACAAAAAUCUUGUGCGUUUACUUGGUUGUUGCAGACAAGGCCAAGAAAGACUCCUGGUUUAUGAGUACAUGCCCAACAGCAGCCUCGACAGAAAAUUAUUUGGAGAACAAAGAAAUCCUUUGAGUUGGAAGGAAAGGUUCAAAAUUAUUCUGGGCACUGCUCGUGGUCUGGCCUAUCUUCAUGAGGAAUUCCAUGUCCGUAUCAUCCAUCGUGAUAUUAAAUCAAGCAAUAUAUUACUCGACCAAAAUUUUGAGGCAAAAUUAGCAGAUUUUGGGCUGGCAAGACUUCUCCCAAAUGAUAAAAGUCAUGUUAGCACAAAAUUAGCAGGAACCUUAGGAUACACGGCUCCUGAAUAUGCUGGCCAUGGGCAACUAACAGAGAAAGCUGACACCUAUAGCUUUGGUGUGGUGGUUCUUGAAAUUGUCAGUGGCAGAAAAAGCAUUGACUUGAAUCAACCACCUCAUAUGCAAUAUCUUCUUGAAUGGGUCUGGAGCCUAUAUGAAGAAAACAAGGUUUUAAAGAUGGUGGAAAGUCAAGAAAGAAUGGAAGGGUAUAGCGAUGAAGAGGUGGUGAGGGUGAUAAACCUUGCACUUCUAUGCAUACAAGGUGCUGCCUCUAAUAGACCAUCCAUGUCAGAGGUUGUGACAUUACUGUUGAGUAAAGCUGAGAUCGAUUUUCAGAAACCUCUGCAGCCAGCAUUCAUAGAUGUGGCGUACAAAGUACGUGGAGAAAGUACCACUCUAACCACAUCUUCAUCUCAAUCAAAUGCCAUGGUUACAGAAUCCCUCGAUGCUCGUUAGUAGUGGUUAUUUCUGUUGUUGAUGGAUACAUGGAGAGCAACAAGGAAGGAUAGAUUGUUAAGUUCUAAUGGAUUACACAGUUCCUCGCUAUUUUCAAAUAGGAUUUAAAUAUUAUAACAUAUAUUUCCUUUCUAUCUUUAAAAAUAAUCAGGAUUUUUUCCAAUAGAGACGUGUAUCUUACUCAUUUGUAAAUUUAAAUGUUGGACAAAAGUAGUAUAUUUUAUAGUUGAGUGGCGACCUUAUUUCUAUUUCAAAUAUGAAGGAUAGAAUUUUGUUA